GCUUUCCUUUUGAAAUAUUGAGAGUGGAAAGGAUCCAACAUGUCCACCACAACUCAGUCAGUGCCUCGAGUGUACUGCUCCAAAACAAAGUGAACACGUUACGGACUAAACGGAUGGCUUCACUUAGAAAGUGACAUCAAACAGCUGACACACUAAGAUGUUUGUGUCGAGCGUAUCCAGCGACGUGGGUUCAGAUCAGAGCCCGGUUACUUUCAUCUCCUCCGCAGAACAAAGGGUUGGCGGGUGGUUAUGGCCGGGGUGCAGGGUGGAGGAGCGCUCAGCUCCUUCUCGUCUGAUCCCAGGUCAUCCUCCGUUCCUCCUCCCUGGAUGGAGUGCGGCCCUCCGCCCCCCUCCUCAUAUGGAACCAAUUUAUCUGUGUGUGUGUGUGUGUGUGUGUGUGUGUGUGUGUGUGUGUGUGUGUGUGUGUGUGUGUGUGUAUGUGUAUGUGUAUGUGUAUGUGUAUGUGUAUGUGUAUGUGUGUGUGUGUGUGUGUGUGUGUGUGUGUGUGUGUGUGUGUGUGUGUGAGUUAAUACCUAAACAAGAAACCAGCAUAGCGUGGCUUCAUGUUAGCCCAAUGCAUCUUAUAUUGUUGUGAACCUCCCUGGGAUUCUGUUCCACAUUAUUCUCGUACCUUUUGAUUCACUACAGGGAGGUUGUUUCUGAUUAUUAGGGAAUAUGUGACUAAAAGUUUCCACCUUGCGUGUUCAGGGUUGUGUUCAGAUGUGAGGUGUUCUGAUGACUAUAGGAGUGAGGACAUCCCAACUGGAGGCGUUGGGGAGAAACGUGGAGAGAGUGAGUCACCAGAAGCAAAGGAGAGAGAUCCGGGAAGACGUAUACAAGAGGAACAAAGAGGCCGAAACAUAAUGCAGGAAUCAAGGAUGAGAAGGGACAGAAGCACGACAACAGGAGAAGAAGUAGAAGAAGAGAGUGAGAGUCAGUGGCCUGUGUUAUUCUAACCCACUUCCAACGCUGAAAUGUGGCCACCAUGUGGACCUUCUAAAGAAGUGUGGCCCCUACGUCAGACUAGCCAAUCAGUGGAGCCCGGGGUGGAAGGGGGCGGGGCUGUGAGAAUAAGACACUCAGAGCAAGAGGAAACCAGGGAACAAAUGCAGCCACAUCUCCAACAGGGCUGGACUUACCGCAGACCAAUGGAACGGGCUUCAGAUUCUGCCUUGCUUUUUGAAAAGUGGCGAGGUAGAGAGCAGACGGCUCGCUGAUUGUCGCCGCAGCCAGCAGAACAGUGUGUGGUGUGACGCCAGCAGGCUGGCCGAUAGACGCGUGCUGAGGACGAUGUAGAGAGCACUCCUCGGGAACUACACGGCUGACAGGAACUACAGGAGCAACGGGAACCACACGACACGACCAACACCCACAGCCUGGACAGAACAACUCAACAUUUGUGCUGGAUAAAGCCGGGGAAAGGCAAAGGAAUACAACUGAGAGAGAACGAGAGAGAGAGAGAGAGAGAGAGAGAGAGAGAGAGAGAGAGAGAGAGAGAGAGAGAGAGAGAGAGAGAGAGGGGGAGGACGUGGCAUAUUGGAAAUCAUUGACAAACAUUAUCCUUGUAAGCCCGCAUAUUGUGGGACAGAGGUGGAUUAGGCUCCUCCUCCUCUACUAAAAGAAGGAUCCGACCCGACCCAACCGGUCCAGACCGGACCCAGCAUGUGCCAUGUGAUCGUGACGUGCCGCUCGAUGCUGUGGACCCUGCUGAGCAUCGUGGCCGCCUUCGGCGAGCUCAUCGCCUUCAUGAGCACCGAUUGGCUUGUGGGCUUCCCGCGCACGCCCGAGGUCUUCGGCGCGCACGGGGCGGCGGCAGCGGCCACGGCGGGGGAGGCGUACCGGCCCACGCUGGGCCUGUACGGCCGCUGCAUCAAGCUGCCCCGGCUGCGGCGCGGCGUCCUGUGCGGGCCGUACGCCGUGCACUUUGGGGAGAUGGCCAGCGGGUCCUGGCAGGCCACCGCCAUCUUCCUGGCGGCGGGCAUCCUGCUGCUGUGCGCCGUGGCGGUGGUCUCCGUCUUCACCAUGUGCUUCCAGAGCGUCAUGAAGAAGAGCAUCUUCAACAUCUGCGGCCUGCUGCAGGGCAUCGCAGGUGAGGGCCACACAUGGACGCACACAUACGCUCACGCACACACACACAUACGCACACACACACAUACGCACGCACGCACACACACACAUACGCAUGCAUACGCACACACAUACUCACACACACAUACGCACACACACCCCCACAUACACACACACACACACACACACCCACACACAAACAGCCUGUGUUGUACGCCCUCCCCGGUGAGCGGACCUCAUCAGAGGCUGCUCCAGGGCUGUCUGAGGGGCUGGGCUGUCAGCAGGUCUGGAUGAGGUCGGGCUCUGAGUCAUUGGAGAGCCACACAGUUGUUAAGAGGGACCGUUCCACGGCUGGGCUGAGGCCAGGCAGGGAUGGCAGCUGGGGAGGUCACGGCCUGCUGGGCUUAUCUUGACCUUUGGUAUGGGUCUCAGUGAACUCUGACCUCAUGCACGGCCCUUCGGUUUAGGAGGCUGUAAUCAUUUAUCCCCCUCAAAGAAGCAGUUAACAUUGAUUAGUUAGUUACAUUUAGUAAGGUAGUUACAUUCAGUUAGGUAGUUACAUUGAGUUAAGUAGUAACAUUUAGUUAGGUAGUUACAUUUAGUUAGGUAGUUACAUUUAGUUAGGUAUUUACAUUUAGUUAGGUAGUUACAUUUAGUUAGGUAGUUACAUUUAGUUAGGUAGUUACAUUUAGUUCGUUUCAGGACUGCUGAAUCACAGAGGGUUCACCAUUGAGUAA